CCAACAUGGAUUUGAGGAGCAGCAUGCAAACAGUGCUCCCACUUCUCCUUCUCCUGGACAUCGGAGGAGCUCAAGUGUUGGCAACGGGGAAGUCUGCGGGGGCUGAUAUUGAUAUCAAGUAUGCCCUCAUCGGGACUGCACUGGGGCUCAUCAUCUCUGCUGGAUUCCUGGUGCUGAAAAUCUGCAUGAUCAAGAAGAAUUUGUGUGAUAACAAUACCCCAGAGCCAAAAAGCACACGAAGGGGCUCCAACAGUAAGGGAAUAGUGACCAUCAGCCCCAGCUCUGCCUCUGCCCCAGAUAAAGAUCCUAGGCAGUUCCCUAGCACCUGGACCUGGGCCACUCGAUGA